UUGAGGAGGCGGGUGUGUGUCGGGGCGGUCCGGCGUGUCGGCCAAGAUGGCGGUCGCCGGCGGAGGUCUAGGGGGCCCCGUGGAAGUGGCAGUGGUGGCGGCGGCGGGUGAGACCUCUUUGGGACCCGGGAGCGGCGGCUCCUCCUCGAACUCCUCGAGUAGCGGUUGCUGCUCGGUGUGGGAAGUGGGCUCAGGGGCAUCGGUAGCCGGCUACCGCGGGGGUUGCUGCGCUCCUCGUGGGCUGACGCUGCUAAGCGGGGAGCAUCUUCUCGGGGCGCAGCUGGGCAAGGCCUGCGUGGGAGCCUGGGAGCUCCAGAGGAAGGAUCAACUCCAGCAGAAGAUAAUAUGCCCAGGCCCAGUGGCUUGCCUGACAGCUGCUCCCAAUGGUCUCUACAUCUUGGCAGGUAUUGCUGAAAGCAUCUACCUCUGGGAGGUAUCUAGUGGGAAUCUACUUGCUAUUCUGAAUCGACAUUAUCAGGACUUAAGCUGCCUGGCCUUCACAGACGAUAGCAGCCAUUUUCUCUCUGGAGCCAAAGACAGUCUUGUCAUAGUCUGGAGCCUGUACAGCGUGCUACAGGUGGAACAUGGCCAAAGCCCUGAGCCUCGCCACGUGUGGUCACGGCACAGCCUCCCCAUCACAGAUCUCUGCUGCGGUGUUGGUGGUCCCUUGGCCAGAGCUGCCACAGCCUCUUUGGACCAAACAGCAAAGUUGUGGGAGAUCUCCUCUGGGAACCUUCUCCUCUCUGUCGUCUUCGAUGUGAGCAUCAUGUCAGUGACCCUUGACCUUGCAGAAUACCGCAUGUUCUGUGGCGGACUGGAUGGUUCCAUCUUCCAGGUUGACCUCUGCUCCUGGCCUGUGCAAAGAGAAAGAGGUUUUCAGUCUGAGCAGGAGAAUGGAAAGAUCUUCAAAGGACAUAGGAAUCAGGUGACGUGUCUCUCUGUCUCCACUGAUGGAAGCCUUCUGCUGUCUGGCUCUCAUGAUGAAACAGUUCGGCUGUGGGACAUCCAGAGCAAACAAUGUCUCCGCACUGUGAAUUACAAAGGUCCGAUCACAAAUGCUUUCAUCACCCUGGCACCUGCCAACAUGCUGAAUCCAGACAGCAAGCCUCGCAUCCCACUGCCAAAAUUCAGCCGGCAUCUUCACAGCACAGAGAGCAUGGAGAACUCUGCCAGCGAGGGGCUGACCCUGUGUCUGGGGCUGCACCAGAAGGGCUCGGGAGAGAGUUACCUGGAGAGAACAGAGCGCUUAUAUCUGCAGAUGUGCUCAACGAGAGAAAAGAAUUUGAUGGACGACCAAGAGCAACUGAAAAUCCAGGUGACAGAACUGGAGGAGGAAGUCAACACCCUGAUGAAGAUCAACAAGAGUCUUUUCGACUUCUCCAGCUCUAUCAUCACCUCCACCAAAUAGAGCAGCUUCUGAAGCCUGGUUAGAGAUGGAAGGAGAGACAAGCCAGUCGGGGUUCAUGUUGGACACAGCCAUUUCCUCCAUGACAACGCUUGAUGGGAACUUAUACGGUUGCAGAGAUACCCUCUCAUAACCAUGUCUAACUGCAGGGCUGGACAUGGAAGUCUGUAGCAUCUAGAUGUUCUGGGAGGAGCCCUACCCCCCCCCCCCC